AUGUCAGGAUCAGCCGAGGAUGGCACUGGUCGCAGCACUGGUCGAAUGGAGAAGCUGCGAGCUAUAUGGCUGCAGCUGAUCUUAGGUGGCCAGUGCAGUGCGCAGUACAGCUACGUUGAGGGUGCCCUCUCAGUGCUUCGUUGUACAGCUCCCGGCACCUGCUGCUCAAGCAGCGGUUGCCUCUGCUGGCAGCAGCAGCAGCAGCAGCAACAACACCAGCAGCAGCAGCAACAACAGCAGCCGGAUAAUAUGUGCACUUUGGUUAUUGCUGUGAGGGGGAUCACUCCGCUGAUUUGGUUAACUGAAACUGCCCGGGUGCCUGUGCAGUUCGAGCCCGAACUUUGUGCAACUUCCGGGCAUGGGCCAGCUGCUGCUUGUUGGCCCUGCGCAGUAAUGAGGUGGCCUUGCGCUUUGCCGAAUUGCGUGGUAGCCAGAAGAUGUUUGGGCUGCAGAGGGAGAGUGUGUCGGGUUGUGCACCAUUGUGCUAGUUGCGGCUGCUUCUGGUGUCUAUCUUUGGAUUUGAAAAAUGUUAUUUGA